AACCAAAACAACACCAGUCAGAUAAAUAAUGGCUUCAAACACCACUUUUCUCAUCUCCAUCGUCACACUUCUUCUCCUCCUCCUACUAAACACCACCGUCUUCGGCAGAUAUCUCACGGCGGAGUCAACCAACAUAGCGGCGAGGCUCCAAAGUGGAGGACUAAUGGAAUGCUGGAACGCAUUAUACGAGCUCAAAUCGUGCACGAAUGAGAUUGUUCUCUUCUUCCUCAACGGCGAAACAAAACUCGGCGUUAGUUGUUGUGAAGCCGUCGACGUCAUCACAACCAAUUGUUGGCCGGCUAUGCUCACUUCUCUCGGAUUCACGCCUGAGGAGGCUAAUGUCCUCCGUGGCUUUUGUCAGAAUCCAAACUCCUCUCCGGCUCCUUCUCCCAAAAUAGCUUGA